CUUUCUCUUUGUAUCAAAGCCCUCGUCGUCCCACCUCAACUCCAUAACCAGUGCAAAGGAGCAUGCCUGAAUGUCCACACCAAGGGAGAGGAUCGAAGAGGUUGGAAAGAAGAUCAAGAGAGAGGCCGAUGUCGUCACUGAUCGAACUGGCAGGCGGCUGAGUCUGGUGGGAACAAUAAACACCAUCACCCCAUGCGCAGCGUGCAAGCUCCUGCGCCGGCGGUGCGCUCAAGAUUGCCCGUUCGCCCCUUAUUUCUCACCACACGAGCCCCAAAGGUUUGCCUCGGUGCAUAAAGUCUUCGGUGCAAGCAACAUCUCCAAGAUGCUACUGGAGGUUCCUGAGUCCCAGAGAGCUGAUGCAGCAAACAGCCUUGUCUACGAAGCGAAUCUGAGGCUGAGAGAUCCUAUCUAUGGAUGCAUGGGGGCGAUCUCCGCGUUACAGCAGCAAGUGCAGGCCUUGGAGUUGGAGCUCCAAGCAGUAAGAGCUGAGAUCUUGAAGCAUAAGUUUAGGCAAGCUAGCGCUGGUGUCAUCCGAACAUCUCAUGCUGCUUUUCUUGCUCCCUCUGAGGGGGUGUCCAUGGCUGCACCACCGCCGCGAUCAGUGACAUCGCCGCCUCCGGCCCUCGGUUCCUCUUCCUCUUUCAUAUACACCUCUCUCGAUUCAAGCGCCAUUACGAUGAACCACAAUACCUUAUACUUCGGUUGAAACAAUGGAGAGUGGUAACGAUGGAUUCUUAGGUGAUCUAUCUUGAAUUAUUCCUCAUGUCCUGUAUUAUCAUAAGUAAUUCUUAUCUUAUUAGUUACAUAUUG